GUGAUGCUACAGGGUAGCUACUGGCCCGACAUGUCUGUCGUGGGCCCCCUCCCUCGCAGUGUGUCACAACCACGGAGGCGGCGGUAUCUGGAGCAGUUGGGGUGGGCAGACACAGCUGGGAGGCGAGCGGGCGAGGAGAGCGGCCACGAUGCGGGAAUGCAUAUCAGUUCACGUGGGUCAAGCGGGAGUUCAGAUUGGCAACGCCUGCUGGGAGCUCUUCUGUUUGGAACACGGCAUCCAGGCAGAUGGCACCUUUGGUACUCAGGCCAGUAAGAUCAACGACGAUGAUUCCUUCACCACCUUUUUCAGCGAGACCGGCAAUGGGAAACAUGUGCCCCGGGCUGUCAUGGUCGAUCUGGAGCCUACUGUCGUAGAUGAAGUGCGGGCAGGAACCUACCGCCAGCUCUUCCAUCCAGAGCAACUGAUCACAGGAAAAGAAGAUGCAGCUAACAAUUAUGCCCGGGGGCACUAUACUGUGGGAAAGGAGAGCAUUGAUUUGGUGCUGGACCGCAUCCGCAAGCUGACAGACGCAUGCUCUGGCUUGCAGGGCUUCCUGAUCUUCCAUAGUUUUGGUGGGGGCACUGGCUCUGGCUUCACUUCUCUGCUGAUGGAACGCCUCUCCCUUGACUAUGGCAAGAAGUCCAAGCUAGAGUUUGCCAUCUACCCGGCACCUCAGGUGUCCACAGCAGUAGUGGAGCCCUAUAACUCCAUCCUGACAACACACACCACUCUGGAACACUCUGACUGUGCUUUCAUGGUGGAUAACGAAGCCAUCUAUGACAUCUGCCGCAGGAACCUGGACAUUGAGCGUCCCACUUAUACCAACCUCAACCGCCUCAUCAGCCAGAUAGUGUCCUCAAUCACUGCCUCUCUCCGCUUUGAUGGAGCCCUCAAUGUGGACCUCACAGAGUUCCAGACCAACUUGGUGCCCUAUCCCCGCAUCCACUUCCCGCUAGUCACCUAUGCGCCCAUCAUUUCUGCUGAGAAAGCCUAUCACGAGCAACUGUCUGUGGCUGAGAUAACCAGCUCCUGCUUUGAGCCCAACAGCCAGAUGGUAAAGUGUGACCCACGACAUGGCAAGUACAUGGCCUGCUGUAUGCUCUACCGGGGUGAUGUGGUACCCAAGGAUGUGAAUGUCGCUAUCGCUGCCAUCAAGACCAAGAGGACCAUUCAGUUUGUUGACUGGUGUCCCACAGGCUUCAAGGUGGGGAUCAACUACCAGCCACCCACCGUUGUGCCAGGAGGGGACCUGGCCAAAGUCCAGCGGGCUGUUUGCAUGCUGAGCAACACUACAGCAAUUGCAGAGGCCUGGGCCCGCCUGGACCAUAAGUUUGAUCUCAUGUAUGCCAAACGGGCUUUUGUACACUGGUAUGUUGGAGAGGGAAUGGAAGAAGGCGAGUUUUCUGAGGCCAGGGAGGACCUGGCUGCCCUGGAGAAGGAUUAUGAAGAAGUGGGAACUGAUUCAUUUGAAGAAGAGAAUGAGGGGGAGGAAUUUUAAAUACACACCUGCCCCGUGA